CGUCCUCCUGCGCGCUGAGCCAUGUCGCGACGACGCCCUUCGCGGCUCCUCGCGAUCCUGGCGCUGGCAGCACUGACUCUGACUCUGGCCUGGCCAGUAGAUGGCUCCAAAGAUUUUGAACCACUUGGGAUCAGAUCUGCAGAGAAAAGUACAGAUCUGCAUAAAACAGAUCACUGUCUUAUUGCUAACUUACCAGUAUUUGAAGGCUCUGAACCAGCCUUUAGUUUCCCAGCCAUUUCAUAUUAUCAUCGUAUUAUUUACAAGUGCAAAGUAGGAUUUAAACCAGUCACUGGAAAUGUGAGUGUCAUGAGAUGUCAUCGUGGUUCCUGGAAACCAGUGAAAGACUUUUGCAGAAGAAUUUACUGUAGAGAGCCUCCAAAUAUUAUUGAUGGAUUUCACAAUGGGAAUGCAAGCACUUACCCUUAUGGAACAAUAAUAAACUACAGUUGCAAUAAAAAUCUCUCCCUUAUUGGGCCAUCCUCUAUUUCUUGCAGCGGUAAUAGAGAUCUAACAGGACGGUGGAAAGGGAAACCACCCAUAUGCCAAGUGGUGUUCUGUAAAGAUCCAGUGGUAGAACAUGGAAUAAAAAUAACUGGAUUUGAGAAGUCAUAUAUGUAUGGGAGCAAUGUUGCAUUUCAGUGCAAAAUUGGGUAUUUUAUGGUUGGAAAUCCUUUGAUUCGAUGUGAAAAGAACAGCAGUUGGGUUCCCAAAGUACCAUCAUGUAAAAAGAUUUCUGCAUACAUAUGUGGUGCUCCAUUGAUUCUCAAUGGCAACAUACAGCCCUUGCAACCUCACUAUGAAAGUGGAAAAAAAGUUGCCAUAAGUUGCAACCUGAACUAUUCUUUUAUUGAUGAUACCACAAUGAUGACUAUACAGUGUGAAGGCUAUAAUCUCUGGAAUCCUCCUGCACAAUUAUGUGUCUUUAGAACUUCACCAGAUACUUCUCACCUUUUUGUCUAUCAUGGAACAAUAGUCCAUGGGAGGAAAAACAAGUACAAACCUGGAGAUGAGGUGGUUAUUGAGUGCCAUGCUGGCUAUAUAUUGAUAGGACCAUCUAGGAUUAAAUAUAUUGGUGGGAAGAAAUGGUUUCCUAGAGUCCCAGGUUGCCAUCUGAGUGCCUUCCUCAAACUACUUAUACUUGGGUGUUUAUUACCUAUAUUGAUUCUGGCAAUCAAAAUGUUUUACCAGAAAUAUUUACAAAAAAGGUGAGCAAGAGAGAGCCAGAGGAGGAGGAAAAAGAAGAAAGUGCAGACACAGCAGCCAUAGUAGUUGCUUGGCUGAUAGAAGGAUGAGUAGAGUUUGUUCCAACAUCAGUGAGAAAAUUGAAAGCUGCAUGAGCAAUGUCAUACCCUGCAAUAUGUUCAGAGAGAGUGUUCCAGCAUCAUCUCCAUAGUUAAGGAGCUCAUCAGUGACAACAACUGUCAGGAUUAGGGGUCAUCCACUGAAGCCGAUUAGAAGGAUAAUUAGAACAAACAAAAGAAAACACUUCUUCAUACAGUGCAUUACUACAAAACGUGGUGAUGGCCAUUAACUUGGAUGUUUUUAAAAGAAGACUAGAUAAAUUCAUGGAGGACAUCAAACUCUAUCUUGAAAACUCAGUGUGAUCCCAGGGUUGAAGGCAACAUGCUUCCAAAUUCUAAUUGUGGGUGAACAUGGCAUUAGAGAGCAAAUAUACCUGUGAAGCCAAAAAUAUAUAUAGGAGUAUUGUUAGUUAUGAAGAUCCCUCACUCUAGGAAGAAAACUUGGUCAAAACUUUCUCUUCACAGCUAAGGACAAAAUAUUAAUCUUAAGUGGCAGCUUCUUCUCAGAUUAAGAAAGCUUAGUAAAGAUUAGAAAAAACUAUGAUGCUGACAUUGAUGGUUGUGCUAUGAGAAGUGACGAUGAAUGUAUAAUAUACUCUUGGCAAAUAAGUACAAAGUAAAUUCAGUGAUAUGAAAUACCCAUGAUUUUGAUGUUAAAAUAAAGGUCCAUAAAUGUUUAAUUAAUUUGUACUACUUAUCCAUUCAUAUUCCAUAUUCAUUUAGGAAUAAAUGCAUCCUCAAGAGUUUUGUCCAAACUAUGAUAAUACAAUAAUCAGUAAAAGCUCAAUUUACCUUCUUAGAAAUUAUUAUUAAAAUAAUUCCAAGGUCACCUUAGGAAUAGUUAGAAAAUGCAUUUCCAAACAAAAAUAAAUUAGUAUUACUUGUAUUUGUCUCUGAGUCUUCCUGAGGACUUUUGUGGAAAAAGGAAGGCGAGAUUAGGUUAUGAGUAUGAGCACCACUUCGAAGCGAUGUUGGUCAAGACAGGACCUUGAGAGUGGACUACUGAAAAUCAUUCUGCCAUUCCCUCUUCACAUCGUUUCUCCAUUGGGUUCGCAAUAAAAGCAGUUAGGAAAUUUAGAUUCCUAUAUUUAGUUGCUAAUCUCUACCAUAAAGCUUGCAGAUUAAGUGGACAGAUUAAAUUACGAGUGUCUUGAGUUUUAGUGUGUUGGGAUAUGUUAAGCAAGCACAAUUCCUUUAGUUAAUAUAUGUGUAUAUUAAUGACUACAUACUGAUAUAUAAUGCCAUAAUAUAGUGAAUGUGCAACUUAAUGACAUGUAUUUGUGUGAACUGACAUGUACAAAAGAUGGAAUCUGUGAAACUCACUCAAAGCUGGCCAAAGGCAGAAAGGCUUGUUCAGGAAGAUUUCAGUUAUGCAGCACAUAAAGAAUGACAACCUCAAAGAAGGCACAAGUUCAGGUAUGUCUACAGGGUAUGCUCAAACAAGGCAAGAUGGUUGUCACAUUGGUGCAAUUGAAGCUCCGCUUGCAACACACAUAAAAAACAACCAGAACUUUGAACACACCAUCAUGACCUCUGUUUUGACUUUUUUUUUUUACCAUACCCUGUGGACAUGCCUGCACAAGAUAAAGGAAAUAUAAUUCUCAAAAUAAGAGGUAAUUCCCACCUGAAGUGGAUGAGGCAAGGGUACUCUGGUAAAAAGAAGAAAAGGGGUUUUGUUGUAAAUCCAGAUUUAUUUCUACAUGUCUGAAUCUCUGCAUAAAAAGAACAAGUAGCAUCAUGACAAUUAUUUAUUUUUUAUUACCUUUAGCUGCAUUCUAUUUAUCUUGCAAUUUCCACUAUUUGUUCUGACAUCCAGUUUGCUUUCUUCAGUUUCUUGAUCUUGGGCAGACUCUUUUUCAGAUUCAUUCAUACUUAACAGCUUCUUUAAAUUAAUUGUAAUUAAUUGUAAUUUCUUUGU